GGGAGGAGCGGGCUGGGAGGCUCUGCUCCGCUCCCAUGUUGAUGUUUGUUGUUUGCGAGGGUGGCAGCGCUGUAUGGAUCAGGACAAUGUAAACGAAGGGCUGUCGACUAGCCAGUGUCUGCCUCUUUGGAUAACGCCGCAACUUUUUUCCCGAGCACACGGUUAAAUGGUGAAGAUUUGUGGGGAUUAUUCGCUGCUUGUUGACGUGAAACAUUUCCACUAAAAACACAAUAUCCUCCUCCGCCUUUGGUGCUGUGUGCGAGGAGUCGGACGAGUGUUGGCCAGGGUGCCGAAGCUCGCCUGAGCGCCCCGCCGUGUGCUCUUUCUCCGGAUUUGGCUACAGCGGGCUUCCCUUUUCUUUUCAAGACCCAAGUUGUUGUUUUUUUGGCGGCAAGCUACCUCUUCGAAACUCCGUUUUAACCCUUUAACUUGUAAGAAAAUGGUGUGCUUCGUUUUGCCCUCAGCUCGCAACAAACCUGGAUAACGAGAGGAGUAGGCUACGUGACAACACCCCAACACGACGACUACUUUCCCUCGAGGCACUUCUGCCCCGGGACUCGUUGAGCUGUGGGGAUUAAAUCGGCAAUUGAUGCAUCUCGGGGUGUCAGAGUCCAUGAGAGAGUGCGAGUACAGCCAGAUAAGCACUCGCAGCUCUACCCCGAUGGAGACCCCUUACAAGAAGAGGACACCAAAGAAGAAGAAGUGGGAGUCCUUCCCUGGUCGGAAUAAAUUUUACUGCGAUGGGAGGAUUAUGAUGGCCAGGCAGACAGGGGUUUUCUACCUCACCCUUGUCCUCAUUCUGGUCACAUGUGGGCUUUUCUUCACCUUUGAUUGCCCAUACCUUGCUCUCCAGUUGACUCCGGCUAUCCCAGUGAUAGGUGGCGUGCUGUUUGUUUUUGUGCUGGGAACGCUGCUGAGAACCAGCUUCAGCGACCCGGGGGUGCUGCCCAGGGCAACCCCAGACGAGGCAGCAGACCUAGAGAGGCAAAUAGAUGUGGCGAAUGGCAGUUCUGGCUACCGGCCUCCUCCCAGGACCAAGGAGGUUGUCAUCAAUGGCCAGACAGUCAAGCUGAAGUACUGCUUCACCUGCAAAAUCUUCAGGCCGCCACGUGCCUCCCACUGCAGCCUCUGUGACAAUUGUGUGGAGCGGUUCGACCACCACUGUCCCUGGGUGGGGAACUGUGUGGGAAGGAGGAACUACCGUUUCUUCUACAUGUUCAUCCUCUCCCUCUCCUUCCUCACAAUCUUCAUCUUCGCUUUCGUCAUCACACACGUCAUCUUACGCUCCCAUGAAAGUGGGUUUCUCAACGCACUCAAAGACAGUCCUGCCAGUGUGCUGGAGGUGGUGGUGUGCUUCUUCUCUGUCUGGUCCAUAGUGGGUCUCUCAGGCUUCCAUACCUACCUGAUCAGUUCCAACCAGACCACCAAUGAAGAUAUAAAAGGUUCGUGGUCUUCUAAAAGAGGGAAGGACAACUAUAACCCUUAUAGCCAUGGCAAUAUAUUCACCAACUGCUGUGCAGCGCUGUGUGGACCUCUGCCACCGAGUCUCCUUGAUAGACGAGGCUUCGUUGAGUCUGAUGUGCCACAGCUGGCACCGCCAACCAAUGGCAUCACUAUGUACGGUGCCACCCAAUCUCAACAGAGCCACAUGUGUGAUCAAGACCAGUGCAUUCAGAGCACCAAAUUCGUUUUGCAGGCCGCCGCCACGCCUCUUCUCCAGCAGCAGAGCAGCGAGCCUGUCAUCUUGACAGCUUCCCCCGAUGACGGAGGUUCUCUACCCGGACGCACCGCCCUCGCCUUGGGGGGCCCUUGCACCUCGCUCCCCCUUGGUCAGCCUACCCCGCCAACCUCCACCCCCAGCCUCAGCUGCCACGAAGCCACCGACAUGCUGCCAAUCCAUGGACACAACCACCCGCACAACCACAGCCAUCCCCUCCAGGACCCGGGGGCCCACCAUCACUUCCUCACACCAGAGGAGGCACCCUCGCCCCCGGGUAUGCUCCCAUGCGGUAGCCCCCUGGGCCACAGCCACACCAUGCAAGCUGGCUUCUACAACCCAGCCAGCCAGGACUCGCUACACGAAGACUCUGUCAGAGGACUGGUUAAGCUCAGCUCCGUCUGACAACGGGAUAUCACCCCUCCUCCCCCCUCCUUCCUCCUGAAAACAUCCGUCCAACCCCUGAAAUGCUCCUGCCCUAUCACUUCCUUCCUCUUUGCCCAGAGCUAUGCCAGAUUUGGAGCAGCUCGUUCCCACUACGAACUAAAGUGUCUUUUAUUCCCCCAACACAUCAUAGGACUCAAACUGAGAAGGCUGUGUUUUUUAAUGUGGCUGCUAGGAACCGAAACUAAAUUAAACUGAACCGAAGUGAAACCAAUUCUUCUCAGCCAGUGUCUUGCCAAACCUCCCCACUGGAACUGAGUGAGGAGGAUCCCAGUGUGGUGGCCAUGUAUGACAACCCAGACUCUCCUGUUUUACUUCAAGGGAAGCCUAAUCCAUUUGCCUCUGGAAUCUGGAGAGGGGAAUGGAGUAAAGGAGGAAUUUAUUUUUCAAAAAAAAAAAAAAAGAGACAUAUAGCUGUGAGUCUCAGCCUUUUGAAGCAAAAAAGUAUAUGUUUUGACAGUAUGCCAUGUUUUUUGUUUUUGUUUUUGUUUUUUUUUUUUGGUCAAAAAGCUGCUUUAUUAUGUCAAUGGAUCACGGGUCUGGCUUUUUUGUAAAACAAACUUCAGCCUAUUUGUCCAUUGCUGAUGUCUAUUGCCUUUCUUUCUAGGACAUUCUUGUUGGCAGUCAGCAGUGCAAUCAGUAAUAAUGGUUGAUGUCAUCAUGUUGCAUAUCAUUCUGCUUUUCUAAGUUUCUUGUUAAAAAGAGGAGACUUUAUCGUGCCGUACCACGCUAUGGUUAUUUUUGUUUCUCUUCCAAAUUAUUAUAUUUCCUGUGGAUAUUAAUAAAAUACCAACUUUUUAUGGGA